GCAGCGCCUGACUUCUAUCAGUCUUUAACCCGUUAAGAUAAACCGGUGAAUGGGUGAAAAUGUGCUUUAGCUUUGAGCUUGGACACAGCAUCUGGCCAAACCGAGAGGUUUUGUCGAGUAUCUGCUUUUGUCAAAUGGUGUAAUGGUCGUUAAUAAUACUCCAAAAACGGCAUCAGCAACGCCACUGGACAAACACAUGGACUCGCUGGAGCACCCUAUGUUACAAUCUCAAGGUAAAGGAGCUCGAAGGAAAGGUCGGUUCAAAGGUUCAGAUGGCAGCACCUCCUCUGACACCACAACCAACAGCCUUGUUCGCCAGGGUUCGGCCGACUCCUACACCAGCCGUCCAUCAGACUCCGAUGUGUCCUUGGAGGAGGAUAAGGAGGCAGUGCGCAGAGAGGCAGAGCGACAAGCUCAGGCACAGCUCGACAAGGCCAAGACCAAACCAGUUGCAUUUGCUGUUCGCACAAAUGUCAACUACAGCCCAAGUCACGAUGAUGAUGUCCCUGUGCCUGGCAUGGCCAUCUCCUUUGAGGCUAAGGACUUCCUCCAUGUCAAAGAGAAAUUCAACAAUGACUGGUGGAUAGGACGUCUGGUGAAGGAAGGCUGUGAAAUCGGUUUCAUCCCCAGUCCAGUGAAGCUUGAAAACACUCGUAUCCUCCAGGAACAGAGAGCCAAACAGGGCAAGUUCCAUUCCAGUAAAUUGGGAGCAAACUCAUCCUCUAGUUUAGGUGAAGUGGUUCCUAACUCACGGAAAUCUACUCCUCCUUCGUCUGCCAUUGACAUAGACGCCACAGGCUUAGACCCUGAGGACAAUGAGCUUCCCGUCAACCUGCGCUCCCCUAAAGCCAGUCCAAACACUGUCAUGUCACCCCUAGCAAAAGAGAAACGAAUGCCCUUCUUUAAGAAGACGGAACACAUUCCUCCGUACGACGUUGUGCCUUCCAUGCGGCCUGUGGUUCUGGUUGGACCGUCACUGAAGGGCUACGAGGUGACAGACAUGAUGCAGAAAGCACUGUUUGACUUUUUGAAACACAGAUUUGAGGGAAGAAUAUCAAUCACUCGCGUCACGGCAGACAUCUCUCUUGCCAAGCGCUCAGUCCUGAACAAUCCCAGCAAGCACGCCAUCAUUGAACGCUCCAACACACGCUCAAACUUGGCUGAAGUCCAGAGUGAGAUUGAGCGGAUAUUCGAACUGGCCCGGACGUUACAGCUGGUGGUUCUGGACGCCGACACCAUCAACCACCCGUCACAGCUGGGGAAGACUUCCCUCGCUCCCAUCAUUGUCUACGUCAAGAUCACCUCCCCCAAGGUGCUGCAGCGGCUCAUCAAGUCCAGAGGCAAGUCUCAGGCCAAACACCUCAAUGUCCAGAUGGUGGCAGCUGACAAGCUGGCUCAGUGUCCUCCUGAGAUGUUUGACAUCAUCCUCGAUGAGAACCAGCUGGAGGACGCAUGUGAGCAUAUGGCCGAUUACCUGGAGGCCUACUGGAAAAGCACCCACCCCACCAGCUGCAACCCGCCAAACCCACUGCUAACCAAGCUGCCCACAGCCACCCUGCCCUCCAGCCCAGCCCCGGUCUCCGGCGUGCAGGGCAGCAGUGCCGAGCAGAAGGGAGAUAAAGCGUUAGUGGAGAGAAAGGGCUCCAGAGAGGAUCACCAGCACCAUCACCACCAUCACCACCACCACCACCAGAGCCAGGACCAGGCUGAUGCCGAUGCAGAGGCUGAGGGGGAGGGCAAUGAGGAGGAGAGGCCCCUGAGGACAGAGUCCUCCAGGAGAGCCCAGCACAUCCACCACCGUUCGUCUUCCACCAGAACUGAGCACCACAACCACCAUCACCACCACCACCACCACAGCAGUCGAGCCAGGGGCCUCUCCCGGCAGGAGACUUUGGACUCUGAGACCCCGGAGAGCCGAGAAAGCAGGGAGAGCCGAGAGAGCAAGGACUCAGCUUAUAUUGAGCCGCGCGCUCAGCUCCUCCACCAGGAAGAGGAGGAGGACGAGGAGGACGAGGAUCUAGGGGAGGGGCACCCCCAGCAGCAACAGCGUUAUGAGCCGCUGCCCCACCGGGACCACAACCACCAUCACCACCACCACCAUCAUCGCGGUGGGACUGACGAGGCCGGCCACAGCACGGGACACCACCGCUCUAAAGAGCGCGAACAGGACCAUAACGAACGCAACAAGCAGCGCUCGCACCACCACCACCGGCCGGCACGUGACCACCACCAUCACUACUACGACCGGGACAGAGACAGGGACCGAGAGGGGGAGGUGGCUCCCAAAAAGAGGGGUGAUGCAGGGGAAUGGGUCAGAGACUCCUACAUCCACCAGUGACAGACCAAGUCCCUCCCGAAGCUCAUUUGGAUUCUCCUCUUAAAGACCAUUCUGUUCUCCCAUUGUGCUGCUAUAUACCCUGAAACCACAGCAUCCUAUUUAUGUACACUUCCUUUGUAAAUGCUGUUGCAUCUUUUUCAAUGGCAGGAUUUUAAUUACAUAGAUACAAAUAUAAAUAUAUAAAUAUAUAAAUAUAUGUAUGUGUGUAUCUAUGCAUAGACGUUGUUUAUGUGUGGAUAUGCAUGAAUAUUCUCAAAUAUGCAUAUUUUAAACCUGUGUUUGAUAAAGCAUGACACAAAAGCAGAAUUUUUUUUCUGUACUGAGCUGUGCUUUCUGUGAUUAGCAUUUUUUUUUAUUAUUAUUGUUUUUAAUUUUUAAUUUUUUUUUUUUUUUUUGCUUGCUACCACUUGAAUAAUGUGUUCCUUCAGACUACUGCUAGGGUUGACUACAAGAGUUGACUAACCAAGUUAGUUUGAUGCUGUAUUUGCAGAGGUCUUUCCUUUAAAAGAAUAGUUCAGCACUUUGGGAAAUACAUAAAUAAACAAAUAAAUAAAACUAAUGCAGUCUAAUACAACAGCCGUGCAAUAAAUCCCCUCUUCAUGAAGGUAGGAUUUAUUGAACAAUCGUUGUAUUAAGCUGCACUGGUUUUAGCUGGGUGUACCUAACAAACUGGCAACUGAGAUCAGUAAGAGUCAUAUUUGUAUGGUAAAAAUUAAGCAAAGUCUAGCAGCUAGUUAGCUUAGCUUAGACUGGAAACAGGGGAAAUAGUCUGACUCUGUCUGAAGGUUAAAGAACAAACCUACCAGCACCUCUAAAGCUCACUAAUUUAAAGUUUAGAUCUUAUUUGUUUUUUGUCUGUACAAAAAGCCUAAAAACAAUAAGUUAACGAUGGUUUCAUGGUGGAGUUUAACCUUAGAUAACUUCAGCUACCUUUAAGGUAACCGGCUGCUUGACUGUAGCUUAAUAUUUAACAGACAGAUCUUAUAGUGGUGUCAGUCCUCAGCAACAAAGCUUGUAAAUGUAUUUCCCAAAGUGUCAUACUAAUACAUAAAUUUUAUGUUCAUCAUUUAUUGCUUAGGUCCCCCCUUUUUUUUUUAAAUCUGCGUCCCAGGUUUUAGACAUUUGAUUUGAACAUGUUUAUGCCUCCUUUGAGGCGCACCUUAGUCAUGCCUUACAAGACAAACGAGUUCUACAGUAACUUCCUCUCUUACAUGCAGUACUGUUCUCUUUGUAUGGGUCCAGAAACAUUUUAUAACAUUGAUACACCCUUUAUUCUGCACUUUUACUGUUUCACAUUGGUUUCAUGUAAAAGCUCUUUGAUAUGACAUUGCAACUUACUGUAGGUCUACUACCAAAACUCCACGAAGGUUCAUCUUUUAUUAAGUCUGACCCCUUUUCUAAUGAAUGUUGUUUAAGUCCCACUUUAAUUCCCACUUCAUAGUAUACAGAAUGUUAAUUUUAAGAUAUUUCUUCAGUAUGUUCCUCACUAAAAAAAAAAAAAUUAAAAGAUAAAUUUGCAAAACAAAUUCAAUUUUAAAUUUUAACCAGAGGAAAAUGGUUAAGUUUUCAGUAUUUUUUGCCAUUGUCUCUCCCCUCCCCCCCCAAAAAAACUAAUACAAAGGAUCUGUUACAUGCAAAGUGAUGGUAUUUGAUGGUUUAAGAGGGUCCAACACCUGAACCUUAAGCUCAACAGUCUUCGAUGUUGAUCUCGUAUUUUCAGUUUGAAUUCAUGAUACUGAAAAUCUGAAUUGAGCUAAAUUUGAGUCCAAGCCCCUCUGUUUACAAAACCACCAACCCCAUCCCCUCACUUUCUCUGGUUUUGCCUGACAAUUGUAAUUAUAAAAACUCCAUUUCUAUGCUACAUUGGUAGCACUACAGAUUUUUUAACAAUGUACAUGUGUAUGUACAUAUAAUGCAUAAAUAUAAAGAAUAAAGUUGGCAACAAAGGACUGCCAUGGUGGGGGAGAGAAAUUUGAUGUGUGCUUUGUCAGAGGACCCAGACAGAGGAGGGAAGCUGUGUCUAUAAAUAGUCGUCUGAAAGUCUCCUGAAAAAUUGAGGUAGACUCACCGGCCUGCCUCCUGAGUCAUCAUGACAACAUCGACAUGAAUGACAAUACCGAGGGGACGCAUCCAAAAUAGGAAGCCGCGUCUCCACACACACAAACGUAGACAACCAAGCACUCCCCGAGAUGCAGCUGAUUUAAUCUUAGAAUUUUAAUGUUGUUAGACAGAGGGAAAAUCCUCUCAACAUUCAGUGCUGCAGUGAAUGGAGCAGCCAUUUUAAUCAGCAGUCCACCACCACAUACAGUGAACAUACAACAAAAUGCACAGACACAGUGAGGUGCAGGCUGUUGACACACAGAAAGUCAUACAACAUCAAUAUUCUCAGGACCAAGGACUGAUCAGGGGUCUCUGUCAAAGUCCUUAAAAUGCUGCAUAACAAGCAAACGUAACAAAUCACACUGUGUGCAGAUUUAAUGGUCACAUAUAAUUCACUUUGCACUGAAUAAAUUAGUGGUAACACUUUAAGUCCCUCUAUUGAAUGUAAGCAGUACUUAAACAUGUAAGAAAGGAUUUAUUACACACUAAUGUAGCUGUCCUGUAAACAGCCAUGUUUACAUUGUUUGAUAUUAUUGGAGACGUUAUAACUUUUUACAAAUAUUGUGUGUUAAUGAACACUUGAAAUGUCCUCAUUGCUGCUUAUAACUACAUUAUAGUCAGUGGUGGAGCAUAAAUAAGUACAUUUACUCAAGUGCAGUACUUAAGAAUGAAUUUGAUGUACUUGUAUUUUAUAUUUUAUAUUUUUAAUCCACCAAAAAUCAGAGGCAAAUAAUAUAACCCACAUUUAUUUGACAGCUGCAGUUACAGUUCCUUUUCAUAUUAAUAUUUUAAUACAAAAUAUUUAAUAUUUAAUGUAUAUAAUAUGAGCCAGUGCUGUACUAUUAAUCUGCCCUGAAUAUCUAAAACUGGAUCCACACUGACAAAAUGUUCUUACAUGUAUUUCUUGAUGAUAACUUGACUUUUACUUUAGUGUCUGAAGACUUCCUCCACCACUGAUUACAGUGUU